AUGUUGACAUUGCUAGUGGAAAACGUAUUGCGCAUUGCAACCUUUCCUCUACUCCAAGCCAGAUACGAUCCGACGUUGCCCCAGAUCACAAGCGGUGUCUACGCCAGGUUUACCUUGCGUGAAGACCCUUAUUACCGCUCUGUUAUCUAA